AGCUAAAUACCGUACCAUGCUCACCCCACUAUUAAGGGUGUUACAUUCAUAAUUUGUAUAUGAAACACUUAUGGAUCUUCAAAUGGAGGGGAAGAACCCGUUCUUGGAUUUGUACUCUGGUGACACGGCGCGGCCUGAGAGCAGGAGGCUCCUCCAGGUAUCCACCGGCGGCUGCGGGAGGGGGAAGAGGAAUGUGGGGGCGGCGGACGGGCCUUCCACCCCGGGAAGGCCCGUUUUCAGCUUCAGCGUUGGGAAUUUUUCAAGAAAAUCUAUCCCUUCCAAAUGGGACGAUGCAGAGAAAUGGGUGGUGAAUGAUUACCCCGCUGCCCAUCAUCAUCAUCAUCAGUUCCUUCAAGGACCCUCCCAUGGAGUCCCUCUUGCCACAUCAGCAGAUUUGAUUCUCAAAGAUAAGUGGAUAAGUGAGAUGGAGUGUAUAAGAAGAAGUCCCACAAGACAAGGGUUUGUGUUUGGGGGUCACAACAAUGCAGCAAAAGAUGUGGCAAUUCUUGAGGGUAUUAAUGGCAUUGGCCACAGAGAAACUGGGACAGAAAUGACACCAAUGGCAAGUUCCACCACCUCAAGAUGCCACACUCCGGCGAAGACCUCUUCCCCGGUUCACCACAACACUCCCACCGCCACGUCUGGACCGUUGGAUCCACCCUCUCUCGCCCUCGAUAUCUCUCAGCUGCCCCAGCAUUGCGGUUUUUCCGCAAAGCUGCAGGUUGGCUCCCUUUCGUCGAACCAUUGGAGCUCGAGGGAAGAGGAAGAAGAGGAGGUCUCAAAGAGCUUGAGACACUUUGAGAUCACCAGUAACAACGAGUGCGGGCCCGCGAAGAAAACGGGCCCGUGGGAGGAAGAGGCGAAGGCCACGAACCGACUAAGGUACGAGAGAGAACUGGCCAACAUCCAAGCCUGGGUGAACCUCCAGAGUGCAAAAACUGAAGCUCAAUCCAAAAAGUUUGAGGUGAAGAUUCAGAAAAUGAGAUCAAAUAUGGAAGAGAAGUUGUUGAAGAGAAUGUCGAAUGUUCACCGGAAAGCGGAAGAAUGGAGAGCUGCAGCUCAACUGCAACAUGAAGAGGAGAUGAAGAAAGAUGGAGUAGGAAGAGGAGGACAAGAGAAGAUGAUCAAUAGGAAACCAUUUGUUAAUGUUUAUCCCACAAAUAGUUCUUCUUGUAGUUGUUUUUGCUUUCCCUUUAAUAACCAUCUCAUGUAACUUCACUUGUCCCCAUUUUGUUCACCAAAUGUUUGGCUUCAUUUUACAUUUCUUUUCUUUAUUUGCUUUCCCUUUUAUGGGUUUAGUUUUCUAUUUUUCGUUCUCUCCAUUUUGGAUUAAAUUUCGGACGAAUUAACUAAUUUCUUUCCCAAAAAAGAGAAUAAACUCAUGUUAUUUUC